AUGGUGGAAGACGCCGAAGAGGCUAGGUGGGGCGAUGCCCAUCAUGUACUGGGUGGCGCCAGUGUCAUGGCAAGCUACGCUUGUCAAAGUGGUGGCACGGGGAAGGGCUCUAGUGGAAGCAUAGGCGCAGAGGACGACGCCGGUGGAGGCUUGGGAGUGAUGGGCGACGCCAAUAAAGGCUUGGGCAUGCUUGUUCUCCAAAUAGGUAAGAUGUUCUUCAAAACAAAUUUCCUAGGACUAAGCUUCUACUCCAUGGACUAA